UCCGACCUCUCUCUCCCCCUUCAUAAACACACACAGACUCACACACUAACACACGCCAGAUCUCAACUGCCAUUCACGCCAAACCCUAAAUCGAUUUCAUUUCUUUGGAAAAAAACAAUGAGGGAGAUCUUGCACAUUCAAGGAGGCCAAUGCGGGAACCAAAUCGGGUCCAAGUUUUGGGAGGUGAUCUGCGACGAGCACGGGAUCGACCCGACGGGUCGGUACAGGGGAGAUGAGUCUUCGGAUCUCCAACUGGAGCGGAUCAACGUGUACUACAACGAGGCCUCGGGCGGCCGGUACGUGCCCCGGGCGGUGCUUAUGGAUUUAGAGCCGGGCACCAUGGACAGCAUCCGAUCCGGCCCGUUCGGCCAGAUCUUCCGCCCCGAUAACUUCGUGUUCGGGCAGUCCGGCGCCGGCAACAACUGGGCCAAAGGUCACUACACCGAGGGAGCCGAGUUGAUCGACGCCGUUCUUGACGUUGUUCGCAAGGAGGCCGAGAAUUGCGAUUGCUUGCAAGGUUUUCAAGUAUGUCAUUCACUUGGAGGAGGCACAGGGUCUGGCAUGGGAACCCUCCUGAUAUCAAAGAUUAGAGAGGAAUAUCCAGACAGAAUGAUGCUCACAUUCUCUGUUUUCCCUUCUCCGAAGGUUUCUGACACGGUUGUGGAGCCGUACAAUGCUACCCUCUCAGUUCACCAGUUGGUAGAGAAUGCUGAUGAAUGCAUGGUUCUUGAUAAUGAAGCACUUUAUGACAUUUGCUUCAGGACCCUAAAGCUCAGCACUCCAAGCUUUGGUGAUCUUAACCAUUUGAUCUCAGCAACUAUGAGUGGGGUAACAUGUUGCCUGAGGUUCCCUGGCCAGCUGAACUCCGACCUCCGGAAGUUGGCUGUUAAUUUGAUCCCCUUCCCACGACUUCAUUUCUUCAUGGUGGGGUUUGCACCACUCACCUCUCGUGGGUCCCAGCAGUACAUCUCCCUUACUGUCCCAGAGUUGACUCAGCAAAUGUGGGAUGCCAAGAACAUGAUGUGUGCUGCUGACCCCCGCCAUGGCCGCUACCUGACAGCCUCGGCAAUGUUCAGGGGAAAGAUGAGCACCAAAGAGGUGGAUGAACAGAUGAUAAACGUGCAGAACAAGAAUUCAUCAUACUUUGUGGAGUGGAUUCCAAACAAUGUGAAGUCAAGUGUGUGUGACAUUCCACCAAUGGGUCUGAAGAUGGCAUCUACUUUUGUUGGGAACUCCACAUCAAUCCAGGAAAUGUUCAGGAGGGUGAGUGAGCAAUUCACAGCCAUGUUCCGCCGCAAGGCUUUCUUGCAUUGGUACACCGGUGAAGGAAUGGAUGAGAUGGAGUUCACAGAAGCGGAAAGCAACAUGAAUGAUUUGGUGGCAGAGUACCAGCAAUACCAGGAUGCUACAGCUGAUGAUGAAGGCGAGUAUGAGGAAGAAGGAGAAGAAAAUUAUGAGGGUUAAAAAACUGAAACAACUUUGGCGACUACCUCAUAAGCUGCAGAAUGAGGAUACCAGCUACCGCGUCUUUUUACAUGCUUGUCUGCUACUAUGUGGCUAUCAGUGUCUCUUGUUCAUUGUUUUGUUUUUUCAUUUCCACCUUCAGCUUGUCCCAUAACCUUCUUGUUUGAUAUUUUGUACUGUAUGAUGAUUUAUGAAUGAUGAUAUGGUUGGUUGUUCUUUUCAAGUA